UGGCGGCUGCCCAACUGUGCGCCUCUGCACGCCACGAUCUCACACAUGCACACAUAUACAUUUAUACACACACACACACUCACACAUAUUUACAUACAUACAGCCGACAACUUGCUCUCGCUGGCCACUUUGGGCCACUCUCGGCCACAAUUCCCGACUACUCCUAUUGAACGGGCCAGCCAACGGCAACGGCUUUCUCAGUCGUAUUUGAAACUUUGCGACGCACGGUUUGGUUUUUCAGUUUUCGACGGUUCUCUCAGCCGCUGCUGUUAAAUGUCUUCUGCGCCCCUUCAGCAAGAGCAGCAACUUCAGGCAUAUACAAAAAUAUUCGUUAUAUAAACAAAACUAUACUAGCGUAGCACUUGCCAAAAACGCUAAAAAUAGCGACACACAAAUCAAUAAAUACAUAAACAAAUAAAUGAAAAUUAAAUCAAACCGCACCUCUGAUCUACGCAUGAAUUCGCAAGUGAAUGCUGCAGUAUAGGAAAUGAAAUAAAUAAUAAUAAAAUGAAAACAUUUUUCUAAAAGUUUCCACCUCAGGCGUCGAACUUAAUAUGCCUGCCUGACAUUUGUGAAUCCAACAAAUACGGUUAAUUAAAUCAAAUUAUUUCAAUUGCGAUUUGAUACAAAAUUGUUCGUGUUUUGUGUGUGAAAUGUUUGUGAAAUGCCUUUUCGCACUGUUCGUGCUCGUUCCGUUGAUUUCAAGACCCAUCGCAGCAGCCGUUAACCGGGAACAGCAACAUGAAUCAAAGCUGUCGGAGUGCGCUGCGAAGCUGGGCGAGUGCGACGAAAGCGAGGGUCCUGUUUGCGGCACCGAUGAUCGGACUUAUCCCACACGCUGCCACCUGUUGCGUGUCCAGUGCAGUGGCUACGAGGUUAGCCUGAGAAAUCGCGGCGGGUGCAAGGCCUGCGUGGAGGCGCGUCAAUAUGCGCGCAAGAAUCGGGCACGCAAUACUAUGAACUUUCUGCCACGUUGCCGCAAGGAUGGCAACUACGCUGCGGUGCAAUGCUUUGGUGAUAACGGCUGCUGGUGCAGUGAUAGCUUGGGGAAUCCCAUUCAGAAUACAUCGGUGCGCACGCGCAAACCCAAGUGCCGUGCAUAUAGGCGUGGCAAUCGGCGUCGUUCGCCACCGCGUCUCCUAAACCCCGGUCUGGGUGCCGAUGGUGGGGAUAGCAACAAUAGCGGCGUCGGCGGCCAUCGUCCUUGCAGCAAAGCGGACCGGGUCGUCUUCAACAAUAAUCUGCUGGAUAUUUUUCGCAGCGAGUAUACGCGCGCCGGACAACUGCAGCCGCAUUCGGAUGCAGCCGUGCUUGAUUGGAAGUUUGCCCAAUUGGAUGGGAAUGGCAAUAAAAUGCUGGACAAGCAAGAAGUGCGUGAGCUGAAGAAGCUCGUCAAGCGGGCGGUGAAGCCCAGACGUUGUGGACGUGCGUUUGGCAAAUACUGCAAUGGCAACAAAGACGAGGGACUGUCGCGAUCGGAGUGGAGCAAUUGUCUGGCUAAAGAUGGCGGCAAUCGUAAUGUGGCCGUUGAUGUGUUGAAGAGCCGUCCAACGCCUAGCAGUAUUAUAACAACAACCCUCCGUACACACAUUACCAAUCUGCAUACCAUCCAUACAAACCACAAUCCGAACCAAAACCAAAACCACGAUCAUACCAACACCAAUAUCAUUGGGAACCAUCACAGCCAGUCUAGCCUGUUGGAUGAUUUUGGCAGCGACAGCAACGAACACAGGACGCCCGGUGAAUACGAUGAGGGCUAUGAAAGCGAAGAUGACGAGGACGAAGAUGGUGGCACCAUCGACAGGCCCAAUUCACGCACAUCCCUGAACUAUGCACCAUCAUUUUAUUUUCUAAGUUCCAAGACGGAGCCGACCAACACCGAGCCCGAAACGGAGUCCAAUUGCUGGUCUGAUCAGGCUGGAGCCCUCGAGGAGCAACUCCACAGCGGCAACAGUGAGAUCUAUAUGCCGGAAUGCACCUCCGAUGGACGCUAUCAGCGAGAGCAAUGCUACCGCUCCACCCCCUACUGUUGGUGCGUCCACGAGGAUACGGGCAAGCCCAUCCCGCAUACCUUAGUAAAUGGCAAGCGGCCACAGUGCGAUGAGAUAAGCGCCGUGAGACCCAUGAAGGGCUGCUUAGAGCCACGUCACAGCGCCUUCCUCAAGGAGUUGAAGGAGUAUCUUAAAACGCAAAUACUUUCCGGCGUCAAUACCAGCACAAAUACGACCAUCUGGAAAACGGAGGAUGAGCGCAUUGCCACAUUAAGUUUCGUUUUUCUCGACAAGAACAAAAACAAGUCAUGGGAGCGCAAGGAAUGGAAGGUCUUUCGAGAUCUCGUCACCGGUGUCAGAAACUUGCGAAAAUGUGGCAAGAAAAUGCCGCGCUACUGUGAUGUGAAUGGCGACAAGAAGAUCUCAAUGUCCGAGUGGGUGGACUGUUUGACGCAGUCAACUGCCCAGCCGGAGAGCUCCACAACUGCAAAAUCAGCGCAGUCAAAUGAGACUGCGACUUCGCGACUCCUGGGAUCAAAUCCAUUGGAGCAAUAUCUUAAAGAUUAGUGAUACAUAUAUAGUAUGUAUUCAUAGGCCCGAAACACAAAUCAUUCGUUUUUGUGCUAUAACUCAUUAGAUGUCGUGCCAUGUUGCGUGGAGCUUAAAUAACAGGGUUGUGUUAAUCUACUUAUUUCUUAUUUCAAGCUUAUUUUAAAAAUCAAAUUAAGAAUAACAAAUGGCAUUCAUGUAAAACGUUUUUUAUAGUAUUGGUUGUAAAAAGUAGAUCGACACAACUUUUUUAGACGCACCAACCCACACACACACAUUCCUAGCAGAUAGAUACUAUGAUUUAGUUACCUACUUACGUAAUUAGCGCUGUAAAUAUUAAUCGAAAUACAUAUGUGUAUAUUUUUAA